AUGGCAGACGCUCAGUCGGACGCAGACAAGAUCCGGCUGAAGCGCAUCGAACGCUUGGCCGCCCUUGCUGCAAAAGCGCCUUCAGACGAUGCAGCACCUUCAUCCUCCCCCACCAGUCAGAAUGGAGCGAGCAAGCCAGCUGAUCCUGCAGGCACGCUCAAGCGCAUCAGACCCGACAGUCAAGCUUCAGUCAGGACGCCAGCGGGGUCCGCGAAACCGACGGAUGCGCCAGUCGCAUCAACCAGCAAGCUGGCUACGAGCGAGCCUGCCAUCGUACAAAGGCCGAGUGAAAGCACGACCGUCAGCUUUCCUGAGCCGUUUGAUAGCUGGCAAUCCGCUGCACUCGCACGCAUACUCAACGUCACACUCGAUAUCGCCACGGCAGAGAAGAGCAACUGGGAGAUCGUGUACCUCAAACAACUCAGGACCGAGCUCAUCGAGGAGGACUCCCGGCAACGUGACCCGGCGCUGUACGUCGUAGCUCCGAGCGAGCAGAUGACAGACGGCGAUUCAGAGAACGGCAAUGCCGAACGCGCCAUCCUUGCCCGACUUGCCUUGGAUCCCACCGACAUGUCUGACGAUCCAGAGGAGAUCACCGUCCUGGCUGGAAUGAGCCAGAUCAGCCCGUUUGAGUACCUCGUCGGUGCUUGGCAACGAUCGAAUGAGGAACGAGCAAAGAUUGCGAAUGGUGUCCGUGGCAAAGUCUUUGAUCCCACAGAGACUUCAAAGCGCCUUCACGUCCUCGAACGCAUUCGCCAGCUUCUGAUAAGCUAUAUCGGACUCGAUCUGCAGGAGACCUCGAUCUUCGUACAACCUGACGGCCAGGAUGUGGGCGACAUAGAGCUAUUCAAUUUGAUGCUCAAUAAGCAUCAGAGCCUCAGACUUACGCCCGGCCAGCUGACGGUGCUACUCGGCGAACUCGCCAAGCGCUUCGAAGACGACGGGCUCGAGGAUCUCAUCGGUGCAGUAGCCAGGCGGCUGUCCCUGAAUAUGUUCCAGAAUCGCAAAGUCUACAGCCUCGGGAACAUGGAUGCUCCUGGCGCAUGGCAGCAGAGCUUCGCGGCUCUUCGACUACUCACAUCGAACAAAACGAUUGCUUCCACUUUUGCCUCCCUGCCACAAUUCGAUCCAGAUGCCGAGCCUCGAUUUAUGCAGAUGACCUCUCUGCUCGGUCCUUUUGAUCAGAUCAGCGUCUUUCCAGACGAUGCGCCAGAAGUCGCAAACGAAUUCUUCAACAAUGAGGAGGCCGCCGAUCUCGAGGACAACGAGACACACGACGGACAGUCGGGCUCACUGCGACGCAUGCUUGCAUCAGUGCAGUCUGAACUAUUCUCGGUCUACAACGAUCUCAUUCGAUCGAGUCCCAAGGCAAGAGAGAACGUACUCAACCAUUGGGCCCAUAUCGCCAACCAGAAUGCAAAGCGAAGUGCCAUACAGCAGGACAAGAUGAGGAUCGCAUCCGACGGCGUCAUGAUCAAUCUGCAGACCGUCCUCACGCAGUUUGCAGAGCCUUUCAUGGAUGCCUCGUAUUCAAAGAUGGACAAGAUUGACAUUGAAUACUACCUCAAAUGCCGUAGAUUGGACAUCCGCGAGGAGACCAAGAUCAACGCAACCCAACAAGAGGCAGACGACUAUUAUGCGCUCGCAGACGGGCAGCCGGCACCAGGCGCCAACUUCAUCUCAGACAUCUUUUUCCUUUCGGCCGCGUACCUCCACCUGGGCCUCAUGAGUGCACUGAGCCAGCACAAGCGCAGCAUCAAGGACUAUGGUCGAUUCAAGGAUCAUCUGGCUGAAUUGCGAGAAGCAGCAGAAUCGCACAGAAGUAAUGCGCCUCUGUAUGCUCGCUAUCAAGCAGCCAUAGAGAAGCUACGGCAUCAAAUGCGCGGCAUCUCUGCGUCUCAGUGCCAACUACACAGCCCUGCAUUCCUCAAUUCGCAAGCGACCUUCUGCAACUUUAUGACAGUCUGGCUCGUACGCGCGAUGGAUCCACAGCACAAGCACCCUCAGACGGCGAUCACACUGCCUUUGCCUACCGAGCCUCCCAUCAGCUUCAAGAUGCUGCCAGAAUACCUCGUUGACGACGUGACCGAGUUCUUCACUUAUGUCUCCCGAUACCGCCCAGACGUGAUGUCUCAGCUCCGUCUCGAUGAUCUAGUGACGUUCAUCAUUGUGGUCUUGUCGACCCCUUACGUGAAGAACCCUUUCCUCAAGUCAAAGUUCGUCGAGAUCUUGUUCUACAAUACCCGUCGGCAGACUCGUCGCGAUGGGCAUGAUGGCGUCCUGGGACCGAUCAUCAAUACGCAUCCUCUAGCGCUCAGCAACCUCAUGGGCGCUCUCAUUCAUACCUACGUCGAAAUCGAAUCGACUGGAUCCCAUACGCAGUUCUACGACAAAUUCAACACGCGGUUCUAUAUUUCCCUUAUCUUCAGAGUCGUCUGGCACAAUGCCGAACACCGCGAAGCACUCAAGAGGGAAGCCGGUGAUACGAAGCGGUUUGUGCGCUUCUGCAACCUCUUAUUGAACGAUACAACAUUUUUGCUCGACGAAUCUCUUGGCAAAUUCAGCCUGAUCAAGGAACUGGAUAAGCUCAUGGCUGACUCUGCUGCUUGGUCAGCGCUCACUGAGGAGGAGCGCAAGGCAAAAUCUAAGGAGAAAGCCGAUUACGAAGGGCAAGCACAAAGCUAUCUACAGCUGGUCUACGAAUCUGUAGGUCUGCUCCGCGUCUUCACCGAAGAGACGACGGCGCCUUUUGUUCGGGGCGAGAUCGUCGAUCGUCUCGCUGCAAUGCUGGACAACAACCUCGACGUCCUCGCAGGGCCAAGGUGCAAGGAUCUCAAGAUUGCCAACGCCGACAAGAUCAAGUUCAGGCCGAGGGAGCUACUCGCCGACAUUCUACAAGUCAUCAUGAAUCUCAGCAGACGUGUCGAGUUUGCUACUGCCGUAGCGAGGGAUGGGCGCAGCUAUAGCAGGGAGCUCUACUAUCGCGCAGCGGGCAUUGCCGUCCGCGCUGCGCUCAAAACGGAACAAGAGAUGGACGAAUUGCGCAAAUUCGUCGAUCAAGUCGAACAGAUUGCUGCCGAUGAUAGAGAUGAUGAAGCAGGCGAGGAUGUGCCUGAGGAGUUCAUGGAUCCGCUGACCUAUACGAUCAUGCGCGAUCCUGUGCUGAUACCGAAAUCGAACAACAUCCUCGAUCGCACGAGCAUCUCCCAGCAUCUGCUCUCGGAAGCGACAGACCCGUUCACUCGGCAACCUUUGACGAUUGAAGAAUGCGUACCGGCUGUGGACCUCAAGAGCCGCAUCGACGCAUUCCUGCAAGCCAAACGCGACGCUCGAGCGCUCGGCCACGCUACGACAUAG